AUGAAUAACAAUUAAUAACAAGUAAAUUAUGAAAGGAAAUGUUCUUCUCAUAAAAAUGAAAAAAUAUGCUAUUUACAAAUAGGACGUUAAAAGUAAGCUAGCAUAGGUGCAUGUAAGGUGUGCGUUGUUGAUAAUAACUUAAGUGGAAGAAACUUGGCUUUGGUUUCUGACAUCUAAGCUAUGAUUAAUAGUUAAUAACUAAAUAGAAAAUAAUAUCUACCUAUUUUAGAUGACAAUAAAAUUCUUACAGAAUACUCUAAAAAAAUUGACUAAGCAGAAUACAGAGAUAUUCAAAAGGAAACAAAAUAAUUUUUUGGAAAUGCUAAGAAUAAAAUAAUAGCUAAUUUAGAUAACUUAGAGAAGUAAAUUCUAUAAAAAUAAUAUCCAUAGUAACUAGUUGACAAAGUAGAACUUGCUAACACACUUGAGCAUGUUUAGUAAAAAGGCAAAUUUAGAAGUCUUUUUGAAGGAUAUAUGAUUGAAGAUUAAAAUAAUGGUAAAGAAUUAAAGAAUUUUCUUGAAAAUUAGGCAAAAAAUUCUGCAGAAAAUACUCAAAUAUUGUAAAAAAAACUAGACGCUUUCAAUUAAUGCUAAGAAUUAUUUAAGAUAUAAUAACCUAUAUCAUAAAGACUAAUAAACAUCAUAAUAUCUUUAAUUGAAGUAACAGGAAAUACAUUUAAAUAAGAUGAUAGAAGCGUUGCUUUGCUAUAAUAAAUUGAUAUUAUGUGUGAUAACUUUGAAGCUAAACUUUAAAAACUUAAUUUACUGAAUUCAAAUUAAAAAGAAGUUUAGUAAAAUUAGAGUAAACUUACACUCUUGAAAUUCAUUUAUUCCAAUUAUAAAGUCAUUUCAUCAGAUUUAAUAAACUUAUCAGAAAAUAUCUUUUAAUCUGAGAUUCAGUUUACUAAAAACAUACAGGAAAUUAAUAUUUAGAAUUAAUAAGCUCUUUCUAAUUACUAAAAUAGAUUUGUCACAUUUAAUGAAGAAGUUAAAACUUUAGCUGAUAAAUAUUGCCACAGUGUUCAAGAAAGACUAAAAGGAAAUAAUGUUCCUUUAAAUAAUAAUCAAAUAGUCGAUCAAAGAAUUUAAAGUUUAUAAAAAAUAUAUUUGGAUAAUUAAUACCAAAUAUAAAAUAAAAAAAUAGAGCUAAAGCCAUUACAAGAUCCUUUUGGUUAUAUUUUGUGUUUCUAAUAACCUCUUUAAAAUAAUUAUCGCUAUAAAUUAUAGCUUUAAUUUGUACCAUUCAAAAAUAGAGAAACCACAUAUAAUUUUAGUGUUGGAUUGAUAAAGUAAGAAGAAAUUUAAAAAUAGGAUUUUUAAAUUAAAGACUCUCAUUUUUUGUAUAGCUAUGGAUAAACUUAUACAUAAGCUUUUAAAAGCUAGAAUAAUAAUAUUUUAGCAUAAUACAACAAUUAAUUGAGAAAAUUAGAUUUGAUAAUUUGUUUACAGAAUGGUCCAAGACCAAGCAUGAUAGACCUUAAAUAAAAAUUUAACUUAUUUGUUAUGGCAAAUGGCAUUUAAGAAAUAAAAAUUAUAGAAUAUAUGUACUCUAGUAUUCCACAACUCCUCCCCUAACCCCCCUCCUAAAUUCAAAAUAAAUGA